AUGGGUGUUGAAGCCAGAGGAGUUGUAUUGCAAUUAUCAUCAGUAGUUGUAAUAGUGGUUUUAUUGAUCAUUCAACCCAGGCAAAUCAGAAUUGGUAUGGCGAAACAGUGCCUUAUAAACCAGCAGAUGAGAAGAAACGCGGCAGUGGAUAUAUUCUCAACCUUGUUUACCUCACUGUAUAUUGUGGAUAACCCAUUGACUGAAGGACCUGAACUGAAUUCGACAAUUGUCGGUCGAGUUCAGGGUCUGAUUGGGUUUGCAGCACAGAAGAAAAUGGCUUCACUCGUGGGGCUUAGUUAUGCUUUCACAGACGGCAAAUUCAAUGGGAGUACUCUCAUUAUUGUCACCAGGAAUCCUAUACUGAUACCCGAACGAGAAUUUCCUAUUGUCGGUGGAACUGGAUUGUUCCGAUUGGCUCGUGGAUUUGCAAAUGUUAAGACUGUUCUGUUGGAUCCUGUUGCUGGAAUUGCUACCAUCGAGUAUAAUGUAACUGUUGUUCACUAUUAA